UGAAGCAUUAAAUUUGGCCAUGUUGAAGUGAAUCUGACGGCACUGUUGUCCGUAAAUAAACAAUCUGCGCGAAGCGAAAUUGUGUUGUUCAAGUAAACUAGGCGUUCAAAUAUUCACUGUUCGUUACAGUGUCGAAGUAAAACGACUUCCUGUUCUUUGUGACUAUAAGAGACUGUCUGAGGUCGUUAUAGACAUUACACAAGAGCUAUGUGGCUCAUGAAAUGAAAUAUCGUCUUAUUAGUUAACGAAGACAUUGUGUAAACGUUGGUUCCAGUGUGUGAUGUUCCAGCAGUAAAAUGUCGGAUAACAAUGACAUAAACCUCUUAGAUGAUGAUCUGGAAGAUGAUAUUGACUAUGAUCUUGGUAAUGAAGAUGAAGAUCGUCUUCUGGCAGAUGAUUAUGAGCUACAGGAUUCCUCUGAGCUGGAGGGUCAUGAUCAUGGAGAAAUACUGGAGUCAGAUGAGAAGAGUUUUGUAGAAACUGAUGAGCCAGCUGAAGAUGAUAUUUUAGAUUUGGGUGUAACUGAUGGCCUUGAUGACUUAGAUUCAGAAAUACAAGAAAGUGCUGAUGUUAGCCAGCAGAAACUUGUUGAAGAACAAUCCACUUUUGGCGCAGAAAUAGAGAAAGUAACUGCAGAACCAGAAACCACAGAUCCGAACCACAGUGUAGGUUCCGUCAGUACAGAGAAGAACAAUGCAGAAGAUGUAUCUGCGGAGACUACAACGCAUGUGGAAUCUGAGGAGGAGGAAGAGUCUGAAAUGGAAAGCCGGGAUCGUUUUAAGUCUGAGAGAACCAAUAUUGUUCCCCUGAAGAGCUCAAAGACAUUUGGAAAUAUCCCAGACACUUUAGAUAGUGUAAUUCCUUCAGAUGAUGUUAAUGUAAAGAGGAAAUGGAGAGGAAAGAAAGGAUGGGCUUAUUCGCGACAAUCGGGAUCUAACAUGCGUGGUGGCUUGAAUCAGCGAUUUCACCAGCAGCAGCAACAUUAUCAACAGAAGCUACAACCAUUCCACUCAUUCCAGAACUCUGGACCCCAUUUUGCUCAGAUGCAACAACCACCUCAGAAGAUUCUCAUAAAUCCACACUUCAGAGGUGCUGUACAGCCCCACUCAGAUGCUCGGCUCAUAUGGGACCGGGAAGGAGGAGUAAAUAAUGGUUUUCCUCAACGUAUGAUGGGAAAUGAAGAUUAUGGUCAGAUGCCACAUGGAGGAUUUGAUGGACCCUUCCAGCAAAAUCCGAAUCCUCCCAGCGCUGUGCUUCCUGAUGGCCUCCACCCACAUCAUCACCAUCAGAAUCAAAGUUACCCACCCCCACUGCAUGCAUCACAACAGCAGCCACAAUACUACAAUGAAAAUUAUAUGGAGCAGCCUCCAACUCAUGCCCCUGUACCAAGUGGGCCUGAACCAUGGUUGAAUCACAGCAUGAUGCAGCAGCCACCAGCUCAUCACCAAAUACCACCCCCACAGGCCCCCCCUGACAAUUUUUUCUUGCCCCCACCACGGGAUACUUUAAUGUUUCCACCUCCACAGCAGCAGUUUCCUCCUUUCCAAGAACAGGGACCUCGGUUUCCACCUCCUGGCAAUUUUAUGCCACCACCUGAUAUGCACAUCCAGGGUGCAUUUCGUGUUCCACCUCCUGGUCAAACCAUGGGUCCUGGUGGACGAUUUAGGCAGCCAGUGUCUAGAUUUCAGAAUAUGAAUAUGAAGCGAAGGGUACAUUAUCAAGGUCCACCUAAUGGUCCUAAACGGAUUGCUUCUCCAAAGCAACAAAAUGUUGUCAGUUCUAGUCAACAUUCCCAACAACCAGAAACUUCAACACCUCAACAGCAGCCACCUGUGAAAGUUGUUCCUGUGAAGCGUCUUGACUCUACCCCCAGAAGAAAGAAGCGCAUGCCAGACAUGAGCAACUUACAUGAAGUGAAGACCGUAGACACACUACCAGUACAGGCAGAAAGCACAGCAACAAGUACAGUAGCCACUGCUAGUACAACAAAUGAAGAGGGAGAUCAAGAAGAUGAAGAAACACGGGAGUAUCGACGUAAAAUCGAAGAGCAGAAACGAUUACGUGAGAAAGUACUUCAAGCAAAAGAAAUACGGCGCAUGAUGGCAGCAUUGGAGAAACAGCGUCUUUUGAAGAAACAGCAACAAGAACCGCAACAAGGACAAGAGCAGCAGCAGCAUCAGACUGGUUCUGUUACUGAAAAACUCACUGGAGGUGUUGAUCCGUCCAAUGUUGAACCUCCUAAGGGAAAUGCCAUUGCAACAAUUGUCAAUCGCAAUCCGGUACAGCCAUUGUCAACGCAGGUUACUCCAACAGGAGUUCGCAAGCGUACAGCUGUUACGCGUGUUGGUGUAACUCCUACUGCUGGCAUACAGCGGCAGUUAAAGCAUCAGCAAAAGCAUCAACACCACUUCCACCAACAGCAUCAACAAAUACCGCCACAACAACAAUUCUUACCGCAAGGAGGCCAGCAGCUUAAACAGCAUCCUAUACAGAAGGUGUCUGUAGUCACCAAACAGUCAGUACAGGGCAUUCCAGUUCUACGGAAAAAUAUUGGUGGACCAGCAGCAUCGAAAUCCGCUCCAGGAAUGCAACCUGGACGCAUUGUGAGGGCGCCAUCCCAGCAGGCAUCAGGUACCGCCACAGUGGUGAACCCAAAGAGAGUCACAGUAGUAGGCCAGCAACAGCUACAAGCACGAAAAGUGGUCCUCCGUGGUGCAUCAUCCGGAACUGGUGUUCAGUUGCUCACAGGUCAACAACAGCAAAGAGUGGUUAUUCAGAAGAGUACUACCUUGCAAGGACAGCAAGCAGUUGCAUCUCCAAAUCGAACAGUUAUAGUGAAUCAGGUUGAAGCAGGCCAACAAAGAACAUCUAAAUCGGUUGCAGUAGAAAACCUUUCCGUUGACACUGAUGAAAUGAAACUCCGCAGAAUGUGCCUGCGUGUUGGCACAGUUGAGAAAGUGCAGAUGCAGCCACAGCAUCGACGUGCAGUCAUCACUUUUGCUAACCCAUCUUCAGCGGGAAUGUUCAUCGAUCGUUAUCAGCGUAAAAUUGUUGACCUCUCACUCAUACAGGUGUCACUAGUGCCUUAAACAACACCGAAUUAUUGUGGAGGAAUUAUACUCUUUCUUUGCAGGCUUGCACAGCAUUUUCUUACUGAAAAGAGAGUCUGAGUAAUGACUUACGUCACUGAAAUUGAAAGGAGAGAUUGUUAUAAGUCUUCGUUCGUGAUUCGUGAAGCAGCUAUCUUUGUAUUUCAGCCUUUACAAAGGAGAUAUCACUGGGAGCACUGAAAAUAAAAUGUGUGUUCUCUCUCUCUCUCUCUCUCUCUCUCUCUCUGUCCCUGUCCCUGUCUCUUUUUCUCUUUGGUUUUCAAGCACACAUGACACCCACCCCCACCACCACACACACACACACACACACACACACACACACACACAAUUCCUGCAAUACAGGAAUAUGGAAAAACCUCCUCACAAUUUAUUGUUAAAAAUUCUUUCAGCUGCUUAAUAUGCAUCGCCAACCGUUGCAGCUUAUUUAAGAACACCAAUAUCAAGGAGUCGUACCGUAUGACAAGACCAUAUUUUGUCUCAUUAUUUAUUCUGUAAAUAAUCAUGUAUAGGCCUCUCUGGAGUAUGCAGUUUAAUUUCUUUUCUUUUUAGUGUAGUGCCUGUGUACUAAACAUAAGCACUAAAUAUUUUACAACAGUUUAGUACAUUACUUACAAUCAGAAAAACGUUAAUGUUGAAACCAGGAAUCACAGAUAGCUGCUUCCAUUAACAUAGCAGUGGUGUUUACAGUUGGAAUAGUCUUCUGACAUUUACUCCGUUUGGCAGUGUCAUGCCAGAUACACACAAGGUUUUAGCCUAUUAACUUACAUAAGUACAUUUAUUUGCUGUGCAUACCCUGCAGGAAUGAGAAAAACAAUAUUAGUUGACUGUUGGUGCUGUUUGUCAUUGGGACAGAUAUCUUAAUUAAUUUGGUGUUGCUGUGUAAUGAAUGUCUAGCUGCUGUGAGCAGCUAAAAAACAUUUUUGAUUCAAGACUGAAGAAGUAGAUACUUCACCAUCAUAACACAGCAGCUCAAGAAAAAGACUGAAUUUGAAGUAUUUGUGACUUCAGAGAUUUUUGUCAUAGUUAUCCAAGAAAGUUGUGACAUUUGUAACAAUGUGUGUGUUCAUGUGAACUUGAAGAAGACGCAGUGGUCUUGAAACCGACAAAACUUUAGAAGACUGAAGAUGUUACUAAUUUUUUGCUGCCUGUGGCAGUUCCAUAGCUAAGCUGGAAAAUAUUGUGCUACAACAAAGAAAUGAAACUGGUUUUGUUUAGUUUGUGAAUUAUUUCAUCCUUAUUUCAUCAAAUUAGGAUGAUUUUUAUCUCCUCUUUUUGUACUGGUUGCCAUGAAGAUACAGGAAUGCAGACAUUGUCAACUUCUUUAUGGAUAAGUUGCAUGACUUGUUCUCAAGCACCAUAAAAUAGUUUCUUUAAUACAACUAUUAUACAAUGCUUCAUUCAAGAAGCAUGUAUGACUUUGUAAAAAUAAGUAAUUAACAGAAAGAUCUGUUUCUGAAUGAAUACUUUUUUAUAUUACUUUAGUAAGUUCCUCAAAAUGAAAUCUAUCAAUUUUUGCACAGUGAAUAUCGUUUGCAAUGUGCAUGUUGCAAGCAGUUAAUCAGCAUGAAUGGUAAAUCAUAAUCUGACAGUCAAUUAGAAGAGUAUAUUUUUAAAAGCAGUGGAAUAUUUUUGAAGGAAGAUAUAUUCUACAGUGUUCAAAAGGAUUGUGAAAGACACACAACUCUGAAGUUUGUGUAUGUAUAUAUUGUUGUGAUUUAGCAUUACUACCCUUAGACUUUAGAUAGAUUGAAACUGUGGGGUAGUUAACUCACUUUGAAAGUUUACUUCCAGAAGAUACAAAUUUUCAACAAAUAGUUCUCAGAAAACUGGCUUCUUGAAUAGCGAGGAAAUUCGAGUCCAUCAACUCAACUGGCACCAGGCAUCCAAUAUGCAAGUAAACUUCAAGUGCAGAGGUUGUGCACACCCAACCAACAACAUUCCUGCUACAGAGGUCGACAGUGAUGUUAAUGAAGCCUCCAUGGUGUGAGUGACCUCCAGGGUAAAUGUGGAGCUGGCCUCCCAAAUGCACGAGUCGCUUCUGAGGUGAUGCAAAGAUACAAAACUGUAUAGUAACUUUUGGUGUACUGCUGUGAUUGUAACGUGUAUCUUUUGUAUUGUAUUGUAUCUGGUCACACCUGAAGCAAUGAAAUUUUAUAAAAAUUGUGUUUUGACACUAUCCAUUGACUGGAGAAUUGUUUGUUGUAUAAACAUUAUUUGUUCCUGUGUCUGUUGUUACUGAUAGAAAAUAAAGUACAAAUUAUUGUAAAAUGUGAAA